AUGAGAAUGUUUGUUAGUGGCAGAAGAGUCAAAAGAUGGAAAUUUUUUCAGCUGUUUGCCACUUGUUUUAUAUUAAGCUUCAUGGUUUUUUGGGGCCCUAUCAAAAACCACAUUGUGAACCAUAUGAAGGCCUACUCCUACAGAUACCUCGUGAAUAGCUAUGACUUUGUGAACGAUUCCCUUUCUCUCAAGCACAGCUCUGAGCAACCUCACUUCCCAUACUUGAUCAACCACAAAGAGAAGUGUCAGGCUCAAGAUGUCCUCCUCUUAUUGUUUAUAAAAACUGCCCCUGCAAACUAUGACAGACGUUCUACAAUCAGAAAAACGUGGGGCAGUGAGAAUUAUGUUCAGUCCCAACUUAAUGCCAACAUCAAAAUUCUGUUUGCCUUAGGAACUCCUGCUCCACCAAAGGGAGAAGAGCUGCAAAAAAGACUGAUUUGGGAAGCUCAGGUGUACAAGGAUAUAAUUCAGCAAGAUUUCGUUGAUUCUUUCUACAAUCUUACUUUAAAAUUACUCCUUCAGUUCAGCUGGACAAAUACCUUUUGUCCACAUGCCAAGUUCUUGAUGACUGCCGAUGAUGAUAUCUUUAUCCACAUGCCAAACCUCAUUGCAUACCUUCAAGGGCUAGAGCAGAUGGGUGUUCGAGACUUUUGGAUUGGUCACGUUCAUCGUGGCAGCCCUCCCAUUAGGGACAAAAGCAGCAAAUACUAUGUUCCCUAUGAAAUGUACCAGUGGGCAGCUUACCCUGACUACACAGCUGGUGCUGCCUAUGUCAUCUCCAGAGAUGUUGCUGCCAAAGUCUACGAGGCAUCACAGAUGCUGAAUUCCAGUCUGUACAUAGAUGAUGUGUUCAUGGGCCUCUGUGCCAAUAAAAUGGGGAUAGUGCCACAGGACCAUAUGUUUUUUUCUGGGGAAGGUAAGGUUCCAUAUCAUCCUUGCAUCUAUGAAAAGAUGAUGACAUCUCAUGGACACUUAAAAGAUCUGCAGGACCUCUGGCGGGAAGCUACUCAUCCUAACAUAAAGAACAUUUCAGGGGGGUUUUUUGGUCAAAUAUACUGCAGGUUAAUUAAGAUAGUCCUUUUCUGCAAUUUAAUUUACAGGAGUCCGUAUCCCUGUAGGGCUGCAUUUGCUUAAUAGCACUUGAAUACUGCACUGUGUUCACUAACACUGAGCCAAACUUGGAGGGGAAAAAAAAUCUAUGAACGUUUCUCUAUACCCUAAUUAAAAUAAACUGAAGGCAAAGAGAUCAUCCCAAAUCCCAGGGGAUUAAAUGUUUGCUUGAUUACAGAAACAAGUCAAUGUAAUGUCUGAAUUCAUGGUUUAGAUUUAUUUCAAGGACUUCAAAUUUUAAAAGAUUUAGAUCAUGAGCAAAAGCAAAAGUGAAGUAAAAUUCAAGUUCUCACUUGGUGCCACAUGUGUCCCUGAGGUAUGGGGAACAAUUGACAUGCCUUGGUAUCAGAACAGUGGUUUGGGAAAUAGCUAACAAAUGGGUAAAGGAGCGUUUCUAAGAAAUUAAUAUAUCUCUAGAACAAGCAUUCUAAUUUAUUUUUAUUAAAGAGUACUUAGUGGGGAUGGGCAGGUGUUAUAGAAGAAAAGUAUACCAACCUGAAGAAAGUUUCAUUCUAAUGAGAACAUUGAGGGAAAUGUCUACAAUCCUGUUACAGUUGAAUCACUUAACAUUGACAUUCCUAUUGCUAUUUAACUAGACAGUUCUGGCACCAUUUAAAAUAUACUUAUAUUGUUUUCUCAAAUUUAAUUGUUAACAUAAAAUCUGAACAGUCAUCAGCUCUGCCCUCAGCUGGACAUUAUGUAGACUUUCUCUAAAAUUAUCAAACAGGAGUAGUUGCUGGCCCCUGAGGGCCUUCUCUAGAGAGAAAUUACUGUUAGCUCCAAUAAGCUAGCUUUAAUUUAAUGAAUUAUUCAAUGGGUUUUAAAGCAUUAAACACUGGCCUUUGCUCAAGGUAGUUGUUGAAUCAGUAUACGUACUUACAUAGAGGAAUAUAAUAAUGGGAAAUACUUAAGGAAGGAUGGGGCUAGGGCUGUAACUCAGCCCCAAAGAGAAAAGGUAAAGACACGUCAAAGGCCCCGUUUCCUUGUAACUUGUAAUAUUUUAGCUUGGAGUCCAUAUCACAGCAGUGAUGACCAAAAUUAGCCCACCACUUACCAACAAGGUCUUGUAGGCCACAGAUGUUGUUCCAAAAACAGACUUGUAACUUGACAGUUUUUAAUAUGCUACCAUGUCUAAAUAAUCCAUUAUUUUGCUAAAUAACUAUCAGUGAUUAACUUUUAAAUAUUUCAAACAUGGCAGCAGAGCAAGAGAAAUAGAGAAACUGACCAAAUGAGUUUGGAAGGUUUGAGCUGAAAGUUUUGGUAAAGCUGCAUGUUCCCUGUAACCAGAGGUUUGGCAGAUGAAAUAAAAUAAAUUACACUUAUUUUACAAAGUAGGAUUU